AAGUAUAUAAUGGUAAUUCCUCACAAUAGAAUAGAACUUUACUAUCGGUAGUUCCAAGUGACGUGAUUACCUUUUCCAAUUAUGGCGAAUUUAAAACCUGUGAGCAUUCCAUCCGAAUUCCCUAUGAGCGCGAUUUAUCAUAAUGUCACGGUUUAUUCGAAGAAAAACGAACCGAAGGAAUCUAACGAUAAUGAAUUUGGAACAGGCACACUUUAUGUUACUACGGACUUGACAGUAUGGAUUAAAAAUGACGAAGAAAACGGUUUCGAAUUCUAUUUGAGUGAUAUUAGCCAGAUAUCAUAUGAGAACGAUGCUAUUUUCAUGCUAUUGUCAUGCAAAGAUGGCUCCUAUAUGAUCAAGAUGAUGCUUCACGUUGAGCCAAAGACAGCAUACAAAAUAUUGAAAUACGGUAUUAAAUUAGCAAAAAAUUCAGUAGUUGAAGAAUUUCCUGUUUUGGAGUUACCUAAAGGAGUCUCACCUACAGCAGAAAAUAUCAAAUUUGAUAGAAAAGUAUUAGAUUACAAGUCGGGGUCAAUGUUUGGAGUAGCAACAAUUUAUUUCCCUGAAGAAUCAUUUUACCUAGUUUACAAUAAAGAAGGACCUAAAUUGAGUUCAGGCUACGAAGCAAAAGACAUUACAGCUACAAUUUUAGAGAACAAACAAAUUCAGAUGAAGACUGAAAACUCUCAUUUCUCAGUCAUGAUAACGUUGAUGCCAGCAAAUGAUGAGGAUUUCAAAAGUUUGUGUAAAAAAAUCAAAGAAGCUAUUAAGAAUCCUAAUGAAGAAGACUCUCCAAAAGAUGAGAGGUCUGGAAAUCAUCUCGAAAAAAAAACAAAAUAUGAAUUCUAAUGCUACUGCGAGUGUUGGCCAGUCAACUUUACCAAUGACUAGUUCUACACUAGUCAAUACUGUUGAGUUCGAUUUAAUAGAACUACGAAGAGGAACUGUCUGCCCUGAAAAAGAAUAUGACAUCAAAUUGUGAAGAAACCAAACAAUUAAAUACUGACUUGGGAGCUCUCAAAGAGGAAGUUACUAAAAAUACUGAGAACUUGGUCAAUUAAAUCGAUUCAUUGAAAAUUAAGUUAUCUUCCAAUCCUGAAACAUCAAUGGCACUCUUACCUUUACAAUCAACUUCUGAAUUAGUAUUAUCUGGUACUCCGGAACAAAUAGAAAAUUCAUCGCCACUUGAGAUCAUCACCAGUGUCUUCAAAGUACUCAAUGUACUUGAAUUAAAAACUGAUAUUUUAACUGUACGGAAAAUGGAUAAAAAAUCAGUGUCUAGAAGUAACAAUAGCAUUAAUAUCAAUGUUAAUAGACCAGUUUUGCACUCAUUCAUAGUAAAAAUGAAAUCUC